AAAGUGCGCUUUUACGGCAAUGAUUUCAAAAUCUCAAAUGUAAACAAACAUUUUCGAAAAUCAACGCUCAGUUGUUGUGCGGCGAUCGCUGUGUGUAGUUUGUUGGACGCAAAAGCUCAGUGUAGAAGUCGGAGUUUGAGAAAAUAGAAAAAGUGACCGACUGAAAAUCGCAAAUGUACCAUAAAUGGAUAAUAAAUAAAACGGCAACAAAUUGUGCAACUUAGCAGCAGUUACAGUUACAAAGUGGGCGUUUUGCUAGUGAUAACAAUUGCAUUACUUUUUUUUUUACGCGAAAACACCCACAAAUAAGCCUGCGAGGAAAUUUAUGAAAGUGCAAAGCUAUUAAUGCAACGUGUUACAUUCACAAAUUAAGUGUGAAAUUGUGCAAUAUAAGGGCUUUCCUUGCAAUUUUAAAAACAAACAUACACACAUACAAACACACAAUACGAGAUACAACUAGCGGUGAUUAAAAUAGUUACUGGAAAUAAAUAAUAUUAUUAACUAGUACGUGUGUUUAAUUAUCUAUACUGUGGUGAUGAUGUUCGUAAUCGAGGGGCGUACAUUUGUUUUGCUGCUGGCAAUCUUAUCAGUAUUUAAUGUCGAAACGAGCGCCAACGAGUUUGACGAUGGAAAGUUGCGCGUCUGCAUUGUCGAGUCUCGUGGUACCUACCGUAAAACGCCGAAAUUUUGCCCACUUCUGGAAGCCACCAGUAAUAUUGAAUGCGUGAUUGGUGUAGAUCGGCUAGAUUGCGUACGACGUAUACAUAAAGGUACCGCACACUUUGGCGUACUCUCCGCCGAAGAGCUAAUAGCAGCGCGUUGGGCUAGCGUGGAGAUUUUAGUCACGAGUGAGAUGCGCUCACAUGAAACAUAUUUCGAAUAUGAAAUAGUCGCGGUUGUGGACAAUGAGGCCAACAUACACACAGUGCAUGAUUUGCGUGGUGCGAAACUUUGUCAUCCCGGUUAUGGUUUGGGCAAUCACUGGACUGAAGUUUUAGCUAAUUACUUCGAAUCGACAUUGAUUUCGAAAUCAUGCAAUCCAGAAAUCUCAUUGACUGAAGAUCGCAUUAGCGCCUCGGCUAAGUACUUUGGACCCAGUUGCAAAGCCGGUCCAUGGGUGCCCGAUCCUAAACAGGAUCGCAUACUCAAAGAUCGCUAUCCGUCGCUAUGUCAGCUGUGCUACGAUUCAUAUCGCUGCGAUAUUGGCGACAAGCAUUGGGGACGUCGUGGCGCAUUGUAUUGCCUAACCAAUGGUGUCGGCAAUGUUGCUUGGGCACGACUGGACGAUGUGCGCAGUCAUUUUGGCUUAACCGGUUUGCCUGCGCAGGCUAAUCCAUCCGAGUAUAGCUACCUCUGCGCCGAUGGACAUCUACAGCCUAUCACGACUGAACGGCCGUGUGUUUGGGUUGCCAAACCCUGGCCAGUUAUAGCGGCGCGCCGCAGUCACGCUGCACAGAUACAAAAUCUAGUCGCCGGUUUGAACCACGACGUGCCGAAUAGCUGGCAGAAUGCCUUGCUAAGUCUAUUGGAGAAUUAUCACAUUGAAAUCGUCACGUUGGAUAAUGUUAUACCCAUCGAUGAUUACCUCGAUCAGGCAACAGCUUUUCAGAGCGCCUAUAGCUUUCCCGAAUGCAAUCCGCCACGUUCGAUAGUUUACUGUACUACCUCCAUAAUUCAGCAUGUUAAAUGUUCAUGGCUGCAGGAAGCCUCACAAGUGUAUGGCAUCGAGCCCAAUAUCCAGUGUAUACGCUCCGAAAGCUUAGAUUCGUGUAUGGAUGAUAUAAAAUAUAAGGCAGCCGAUGUUGUGUUGGUCGAUCACGAGAAUCGUAUACGAGCACAACGUGACUACAAUCUCGUGCCAAUACUUUACGAAUACUCCCAAGAUAUGCAUGAACGUUAUGCCGUUAUAGCAGUGGUACAUAAGAAUUCGAAAUUCAAUUCGUUUGCCGAUCUUGAAGACGCUAUAGCUUGUCUGCCCUCAUACGAAGGACCCGCACACUUGUCGGUGCAGGAAACUAUUGUUAAUGUAACACAACGCAUGACCACAUUACAAUCGUAUUUUCACCGUGACUCGUGUACCUGGCAUCCGAAUGCACAUCGCACCUGUCCGGAUACUUAUCGUGGCGAUGAGGGCGCCUUACGUUGUUUAGCCGAAGGUGGUGAAGUGGCUUUUCUCAGCUCGGCUAUAUAUAAAAACUAUACGGUGGGCAAUAUAACAGCGAAAUGGGUGCGUGACACCGGGCAUAAGUCCUUUCGCGUUUUAUGUCCCUACGACAGCAAUGAGCGUCACUCAAAGUUCGAGUACUGCUAUAUGCAUUGGACCACACGUGGCCAUCUAAUGACACAUAACAAUUCGUUGACGCGCAGCAAUGAAAUCUAUAAUUCAUUGCGUGACAUCGAUCAGCUUUUCGGCAAAAGCUAUCGCCCCGAAACACGCCCAUUCACGAUGUAUGGCAUUUUCGAUAAACGUAAUAAUGUUAUGUUCCGUGAUAAGACGGACGGACUGAGAGGUUUAGCCGAUUUGAAAGCGGAUAAUUCGAAACGCAUUAUGGAGGACAUUUUCGAGAAAUAUGUGAAAAACGUUUAUGUGGAUCCAAACUCGAGUCAGUCGUUGCAGUGUUCUUUAACGCUGCUAGUCAUAACGACACUAUUAGUUGUAAGAAGACUGUAACUGAAUUGUCGGAGUUAAAACCACUUAUUUAGAUUUAAUAAUCUCAUUCACGGAUAGUAAUUAAUUUAAUUUUCUAUCGAUAUUUGUGAGACGAGUUUUAAGUAUACUAUUUAAAAUGUAUGCAACUUUGUGAUAUUAUUUUAUACUCUUCUACCAAAAGCCAUCUAAGUAUAUUUUAACCGUUUGCAGGUGUCUGUUUAUGCGAAUAAAUUUUCUUAAGAAAUCGUUUAAUUCUA